AUGAAGCCGGUGCAUAAACUUGACAGAAACCGUAGCCCUCGUUCACCACCAGGAACGUAUGACAGCACGAACCUGAAGUAUGGGCAUUUGAUUGAUACUUCCUGGUCUGUCACCAAACCAUACUUCACUCCACGUCCAUAA